AUGGUCAUGGCGGAGGGAAAGAAGAUCGGUAAUGCUCUCCUCCCAAGUGAAUCCAUGAAGGUGAUUGCAGAAUCCAUGGGAGUGUCAUCAAUUUCAGAGGAGACCUGUCAGCUUCUCACACAGGAAGUCAGCUUCAGGAUCAAGGAGGUUACUCAGGUCGGAAGUCACAACCCGAUGGCUAUAAGUUGUCAUUUACGUAAAUUUCUAUGUCCUGUCAAUGCUUAUUCUGUACCUUUCUUUGCUUCAAACUCCUUAGGAUGCUCUGAAGUUCAUGCAUGUUGGAAAGCGACAGAAACUCACUCCCAACGACAUAGAUUCUGCCCUGAAAUUGAAAAACGUUGAGGUAUUGAUGGGGCUACACCUGGCCGACAUGCCAGAAAAUUAGAUAGCUCUGUGAAGGGGCUGAAACAUGAAACAUAAUAACAGUAAUUUUAAAGGGACACAUAAUCUUAAAGUGAAAUAAUUUAAGAUUAGAAAUGUUUGUUGCGUUGAUUCCAAAUUGUGUUUGUGGCAGAAUUAGAUUUUCACUGCUCUCAUUUACUUUGCCUCUUUCUAAAAUAUUCACUGCAAAAAUUAUACAUCAGUAAGGCCUUAUAUUGUAGCCUUGUGCAAGGCCCAGCGAUGUGCACAUUUUUACAUACAUGCUUAAUAUUUCUCUUUGUUCUGUAGCCUAUAUAUGGUUUCCACGCUAAGGAGUUUCUGCCAUUCCGAUACGCUAGUGGAGGUGGACGGGAACUUCAUUUCUAUGAAGAGAAGGAAGUUGAUCUCAGUGAUAUCAUCAGCACCCCAUUACCACGUGUACCUCUUGAUGUUUCUCUGAAAGGUACGAUUGCCCUGCUGUGGUUUAUAUACUCUGAAUAGGCACAAAUACAGAAUUAUUCCCUAAACUGGAGCUGUACAUUUUAGACCAAACCAGUGUACAUGAGAAGUUCUGUGUGAAGAUAACCAUGCAGAAAGUUAAUUUCUCCAGUUGAGACUGAAGAUUACAAAUACAUCUAUGAAAAUGUUUGUUUUGCUUUCCCAUCACUCAUACACGUCUUUAUUGCAGCUCAUUGGUUAAGCAUUGAAGGUGUUCAACCAGCUAUACCGGAAAACCCUCCACCAGGUAAGCAUUUACCUCAACCCAAUGCCUCUCCUUAUUCAUUCUUUUUCAUUCUACUUCAUUUACUUAUUGAAAAGACCGGGCUCGGGUGUCAAGUGCAGGAAUAUAUAUCCGAUGAAGGCCAGCAACGUUUCGGCUCCUAACACAGCCUUUAUUAAGCUCUUACUACCUUGGCCACACAUGGACCUAAUCACACCAAAGGAGAUUAGAAUACCACUGGCAUGUGGUCCCAGAAUACUUUCCAAUAACCUCUCCGUCAUGCUGGAGAUGUCAGGGAGUGCUGGGCAAACAGCUAAUCAGUUACCUGUUGUCCAAAUUGGCAGGAUUUACAUUGAUAAUGAAGAGGUGGGGGCUGUCCCUUGGUGUGGGCAAGUUUACAUUAAACUAUUCUUAAAUUGAGGGAACGAGGCAGUCAACUCUGAGUCUAGGUACUACAGUGAACUGUAAGGCAAGGAUCCUAAAAUUAUUUGUUUCUUCAAAUUUCCAAACACUAGUUUUAUUUUGUUUUCUUUCAUUCAUAUGCAAUAUGCUUAUAUAUUUUUUGGUUUUAUUUUCUCUUUAAUUCCUCAUUUCUAUUCUGUCUUUUUGUGGCUUUUAUUGCUCUUACUAACCUCUUCCUUGCAUUCCAGUUCCCAAGGAGCAGCAGAAGGUAGAAGCCACAGAACCCCUGAAGGUCGUGAAGCCUGGACAGGAGGAGGGUGGUAUAAAGGGAAAAGGUCAAGGUGCAAACGCAGUGGAGGGCAAAGGUCAGUGUCAAAGUCUACAGCUGCGAACGUGUGAAGGUUGUAUCUGAGAGUCAGACUGAACAUUGAUUUGUGGGUUUUUGUUUUAUUAUACCAGGAAAGGAUAAAAAGUCCAACAUUCUAGAAGGAGCACCACUGAAACUGAAGCCUCGCAGUAUCCACGAGUUGUCUGUGGAACAGCAGCUGUAUUAUAAGGAAAUUACAGAAGCUUGUGUUGGGUCCUGUGAAGCGAAAAGAGCGGUACGAUUCUAUACGGUUAAACUUGCUUAUCUAUAUGUUCCUAUAGUGCCAUUCCUUGUACUUUUCAUUCUUCUUGUUUUUAUAGGAAGCACUGCAGAGCAUCGCAACUGACCCUGGCUUGUACCAAAUGCUGCCACGAUUUAGCACGUUUAUAUCUGAAGGGGUAACUAGCAAGAAACGUUUAUGGGAUUCAAAUCUUAUUAUUGUGUCUAAAUUAAUUAGAAUGAAUGCACCUCUGACUUCCAUGUUUGUUUAUAUUUCCUUUUAUACACCUUAUAAUCAUGUUUUCGUAUUAGUGUGGGGUUUCUCCAGAGCAUCCCAUUUCACAAAUGAUUAGCUGUAUCAUAAUGACUAAAGGAAUCCUACCACCCUCAUCUAAUAUUGUUAUAGGAAAUCCUUAUGUUGACCAGCCAAAUUAUCAUAAAAGUUAAAUUAACAAGGGAGAGUGUUUUCCAUGAUAGUCAUUGUCUGUAUGUAGUGGUAGGUCUGCACGUCCAUUCCUCAUGUUUCUCCUCAUCUUCUAUCAGGUGCGUGUAAAUGUUGUCCAGAAUAACUUGGCUCUGCUCAUUUACCUCAUGCGGAUGGUGAAAGCUUUGAUGGACAACCCCACCCUCUACUUGGAGAAAUACGUAAGUUUCGAACCUUAUCAAAAGUGUAGCCUCCACACAUGGUUCAAUUGUCUUUCUGUCUAUUGGUCAUAAAAGAAUACUUUCUAGUUUACAUCGGUUUAAUGUUUUUGAUCGUGAUUUUGCUUUUCCAGCUGCAUGAGCUAAUUCCAGCGGUGAUGACUUGUAUUGUGAGUCGACAGCUGUGCCUUCGCCCAGAUGUGGACAAUCACUGGGCCUUGAGGGACUUUGCAGCGCGACUAAUAGCACAGAUCUGUAAAAACUUCAGCACCACCACUAAUAACAUCCAGUCCAGGAUAACCAAGACAUUCACUAAGGUAAGCUCCAGCAGCUUAGAGAUGCACAGAACGCUACCGUGGAAUCACAAAUAAAAAUAAAUCUAAAUGACAAAAUCAAAAACGAAAAGAUGUUGGCCUCUGUUUUCAGUGAGGGAUGCUCUACUUACAUAUACAGCCACAUAUUAACCCUGAUCAAAGCUAUCCGUACACCAAAACUACUUCACUAAGCUAAAGUAGUUUUGAUGCCUAUAGUGUCCCUUUAACUUGCAACAUUUAGACUGGGACUACAGCGAUAUUGGAGAAUUGUUCCAAAUCAAAAUUUUUGCCUAUAUUUUGCUAAUCGGAUUUCAUUACAAAUAAGGCCACCAGCACAAAGUAUAGUCCUUUAUUUCAUUGUUAUCAGAGCCACUAGAUUACUAUAACAUAAUACGUUAAAGUUCUUCCUGACACUAUUCUUUCGUAGAGCUGGGUAGAUGACCGCACUCCUUGGACCACGCGUUAUGGAUCCAUUGCAGGCCUCGCUGAGCUUGGGCCAGAUGUAAGUUUACUAUCGUUAGUCUCGCUUCCCCCUCGCUUCCCUCAGUUAUAAUUCGGGGAAUAUAUCUCCUGACGAUGUUAUAAUGAAGAUGCUUCUUUCUACAUCAGGUGGUGAAAACGCUGAUUGUGCCGCGGUUGUUAUUGGAAGGAGAACGACUCCGUGCAGUGUUGGAGGGACCGGUGAUAUCCAACAUUGAUAAGAUUGGAGCGGACCACGUACAAAGCUUGCUGCUGGUAAUGUAUGGGUUCUGUUUCCAUGAUGAGUAACUUGUGGAGACUGCAUCUUGUAUGGCACUUUUGUAACUUUAUUGUAUAGCUUACUGAUAUAAUAGGUAAAAGUUGUUUUAUGCUGUUUUUUAAAAUGGGAAUCGUGGAGAAAUGCUAAGGAAUUGAAAAUGUACCCAAAAUGGGGAAAAAUCUCCAGCUCUGCUUUUGUUCACUGACUUAAAAUUGUGCAAUUUCCUUAGAUGUUCUCCACUAUGUUCCGGUCUAACUAAUAUUAAUUCUGUGAAAAAAGUAACAUCUGUUGUCUGGUCACAGGCAUUCUUCCCUUGCAGGAUGCAGCUCAUCUCCGUUUACAGUUAUAUGUUGCUUUUUAAUUUUUUUUCUAAUAAUCCCAUCCCUCUGAUUACCCCCCCACUACCUCCCAAAUAAUUGGGCCUGUGUGUGUAUAGUAGCAUUUAUUGUGCAAUUUUAUUUAUUGUGUAGUAUAAUUAAUUGUAGUAGAAGAAGUAGUGGUAUUAUUUUCGUGUUUUUUGUAGUAUGGUCAGCGUUAUUUUUUUUUUCUCCCUCCUCACAGAAACACUGUGCCCCUGUUCUGGUGAAACUUCGCACCCCUCCAGAUUCUCCAGAGACGUAUCGCACAGAUUAUGGGUUCCUGGGGCCCACUCUAUGCACUCAUGUAAUGAAAGCAAGAGCUCAGAGUGCAUUCCAGGGACCACAGGUUAAUAGAACCACACUGACUGUCACACAGGUAAGCUAGAUGUGUUCUGGCUCUCAUCGUAGGGCGUGAUAGCUUAGUAGAGUCAAACUGACUGUCACACACUUACCAGAUGCAUUUUGCAAGUACAAAGUUAAAAAAUGUUGCUUACGUUGUCCUGUGCAGUUCAGUAGAGUUUGCUGAUGGUAGUGAGUGCCAUCUAGGGAUACCCUAAGGGAAUGCAUUUCUGUCUGCAGUGGGGACAAAUUGAUUGUGAAUAGGUCUUUCACUCACUGUAAAAGCUGCCCCACUCUCCUUAAUUAAUAUACUGGAAUCUAACAUUUGUAACUUAAAGGAACACUAUAGGGUCAGGAACACAAACAUGUAUUCCUGACCCUAUAGUGUUAAACCCACCAUUUAGGUGGCUUGACCCUCAUCAGCCCCCUUAAAAGAAAUGAAAACUCACCUUAUUUCCAGCGCGGCCCUGCCCCGAUCCGCCUCCUUGAUGACAUCAGAUUUGCAGAUUUUCAGCCAAUCCAUUCGAUUGGCAAAAAUCGACUAGGUGGAGGGAUGUGGUCGGGGCUAAACACCGUUUUGGCAAUCAGCACUUCUUCAUAGAGGUGCAUUGAAUCAAUGCAUCUUUAUGAGGAAAAUUCAGGGUUCCCAUGCAGAACGUGGAGACACUGAACGGCACUCUAUUGUUUCUUUGGUUUUUAUUGUGUGUUUUGGGAAUGAGGUGUACUAUGGUCAUGGGAGUUUGAGCAUAGGACUUAUUUUUGUGAAAAUGCUAUGUCCUGCCUGUUUGUGUAAAAAAACAAACAAACAAGUUUUGGCAGACACUAGUGAUAAAAUUGAUGUGUGGAAAAAGCCCUAGAAUAACUAUUUUGGUAUGACAACAUAUAUUUUAGAGAGUUGGAAUAAAUGACUAUUAAAUCUAUAUUUAGCAUAGCAUAUCAUUUUAAAUUAUUUGCUUUGAAACAAGAAAUCAUUCAUUUUCAUAAACACGUGUUACCAAAAUCAGGACAAAUUAAUCUACUUUUACAUACUUUUCUUUGACUGUAGUUAAUAUGUGGCAAAACCAUGUGGGGGGGGGGAGUAAUAUAUAUAUUUUUUUAAAUCCCACAAAUAUAUCAGUUUUACGUGCAAAUGUAGGAUUUAAGAGUGUAUUGUAUUUGUGCAGUAAAUGCUUAAGUAACACAGACACAGCCGUUUGAUCACAUUUUUUUUGUUUUUAUUCUCCUUCCAUUCUUUUUCUAUUUUGUCCUCUGCAUAUCAGCCUCGACCCACACUUACCCUUUCCCAGCCUUCUGGUGCCAUUACUCCCUCAACUCGCCCCUCUGGUAUCAUAAAGGUACCCGGCUCCCUGACUCUGCCAGUCCAGACCCUAGUGAGCGCUCGUCCUGCAACGCCAACACAGCCUUCCCCUCCACCUACAAAAUACAUUGUGGUUUCAUCAGCUGGAAGUACUGGGACCCAGGUAAUGCUUGUGCCUCUCUAUGCUUUUUAUUUUUCUUUUCUGCCCAUACUGUCAGGUUUUGCUCUCUCAAACCAUAUUUUGCUCUCUAAGCUAUCUAGCCUUUAUAAAUCUGAGUUCAUGCUGUGUAUUUACAAUGCCUUUGACCUCCUUAUUUUAUUCCAUUAGGUUUUCACCCCAUCCAGCAGUUCUGCUACCUCUGCUUCCUGCCCCCCAGGAGUUCAACCAAUUGUGAAGCUUGUUUCAGGAGGUCAGAGUUCUGGUGUGGGUAGCACUGCAGCAGGAGGAACAGCCGGCAUGCAGAAAUAUAUUGUCGUUUCACUACCACCUGCUGGAGAAAGCAAGACACCGCAGCCAUCUCCCCCACCGACUACAGAGAGCUCUUGUUUAUGA